AUGUUUGGACUGGUGGGCGUGGUCCGUCUUCUUAGCUGCAUCUUCCGCCUAUUCUUUCUCGAACCGCGGACGCUCGAACAGUUGGCAACCACGGCUUCAGGAGGCGUCCAACACAUCCGCCUGCUUUCCCCCUGUCCGCCGCCAUCCGUCUAUUUCAGCGCAGAGUUCGGCUUCCGUUCAGUUUGGGCAGAAGCCCCUCGCCUCUCCAGUUCCUUGCCCCACGCUCAGUCUGUCGUAUCCACCAUCACGGCCACCCCUGCCCCCUCAACCUCAGAACAAAUAUCGCCUGUCCGCAUUGUUGGUACCGUACUGUCUGGUGGUAAGCCUGGCCAAUACGUCCUCCUCUCCAACUCAUCACCUUCCGGGACAUACUGUUCCACUGAUCGGCGGGGCCAAAUUUCCGUAGCAGUGACAGAGAUCCCCCCAACUUUGCCGUUUGUGAGUCGGGAGUCCGACGAUCCAAUAACCUGCUCCAGCAACAGUCAUCUAAAACGAUCUGAGCAAACUGUCCCAUGA